AACCUUCAUUAGACCCAGAUCAUACAAAAGGGGACAUAUGCCAGAAAUUGCCAAAGAGGCCACAUACGGCCGUUUAAUUCGAGAUCCCAGCUUGAUAACCCGCACGGUCCGUUCUGCCGUUGAAACCGCACACGUGAGCGGUUCUGAGCUGUACAGUCCUGUAAAUUUCUGUCGCAUAAAUAGGACACUCGUCACAGAUUACAGCGCUGUCCCCCGAGUUGGGUAGUGUAUCGAUAUAUUCCCAGCAAUAAUGGAUCCCAGCCAACAUGUUGUCAUUGUCGGUGCCGGCAUCGUGGGUACCAACCUCGCUGACGAGCUGGUCUCGCGAGGAUGGAAGAAUAUCACCGUCGUCGAGCAGGGUCCGUUGCACAUGCCAGGCGGUUCGACAUCGCACGCUCCUGGCCUCGUGUUCCAGGCGAAUUCAUCCAAGACAAUGACACAGCUCGCGCAUUACACAGUUGAAAAGCUGUUGUCCCUGGAAAAAGAUGGCCAAAGUUGCUUCAAUCAAGUGGGUGGGCUGGAGGUAGCUACCACACCAGCACGACUUGAAGAGCUCAAGCGGAAGCAUGGUUAUGCCUCAUCAUGGGGAAUCGAGACGCAUUUUGUGAGCGCCGAGAAGUGUAGGGAGAUAUACCCUCUCCUGGACGAGCAUAUUGUGCUCGGUGGCCUACACAUUCCCAGCGAUGGUCUGGCCCUAGCUGCCCGCGCGACGCAGCUGCUCAUUGAACGCACUCGCAAUGCUGGCGUUCGCUAUCUUGAAUCCACGCCUGUCACGGGAAUAGAGAAGACGGGCCGUAAAGUGACAGGUGUGGUAACACCCAGCGGCACCAUCCCGGCCGACCUUGUCGUCUCCUGCGCUGGAUUCUGGGGGGUUGAGGUGGGAGCGAUGGCUGACGUGCGAAUUCCUUUACUUCCCCUGGCACAUCAGUACGCGAAAACAACCGCCGUGCCUGCUCUCACUGGCCGUGAUGUCAACAUCCGCCCGAAUGGAAUGAAUGCCAGCCUUCCGAUCUUACGCCAUCAGGACCAGGAUCUCUAUUAUCGUGAGCAUGGCGAGCAAUACGGCAUCGGUUAUUACGGUCACCGUCCGAUGCCAGUUCUUGCUUCCUCGUUGGGCCUAACCUCUAGGGACGUCGACGAGAAGAAUAUGCCUUCGCGCCUCAAGUUCACCCGCGAAGAUUUUGAGCCAGCCUGGAAGCUAUCCCAAGAUAUCUUACCUGCUCUCCGUGAAUGCGAGAUCGCGGACGGCUUCAACGGCAUUUUUUCCUUUACCCCGGAUGGCGGACCUCUUGUCGGCCAGGCGCCUAAUCUUGACGGCUUCUAUGUAGCAGAAGCUGUCUGGGUGACGCACUCGGCCGGCGUCGCACGAGCUGUAGCUGAAGUACUUACUAUGGGUUACUCCACAGUUGACUUGACAGAGUGCGAGCUGUCUCGCUUCGAAGAGGUCCAGCUUAGCCGCGAUUAUGUGACCGAGACAUCCCAGCAAAACUUCGUCGAGAUCUACGAUAUCAUUCACCCACUACAACCGAGAGAGUCUCCCAGGCAGCUUCGUGUUAGCCCCUUCUUUACCCGUCAAAAGGAGCUAGGUGCCGUCUUCCUAGAGGCUGCAGGUUGGGAGCGCCCUUACUGGUACGAAGCCAACGCAGCCCUAAUCAACCAUCUCCCGGCACAGUGGAAGCCUAUACGCCGAGAUGCCUGGACAGCACGGUAUUACUCGCCAAUCUCUGCAGCAGAAGCUUGGAAGACACGGAAUGCAGUAGCAAUAUAUGACAUGACCUCUUUCCACCGGUUCGAGGUGUCAGGUCCAGGAGCCGUGUCCCUGCUACAGCGAUUAACCACAGGCGAUGCUACUAUGACGCCUGGUACAAUCAUCUACACUUUACUUCUAAAUGACCGAGGUGGGAUUCGCAGCGAUAUAUUUGUCGCUCGACUUGAUGAUGAUCUAUUCCAAGUAGGUGCAAAUACUGCCAUAGACUUGGAGUAUCUCACACGAGAAGCCUACCACCAAGAACAGCGAACCCCGAUGUUGUGGGUGCGAGUGCGUGAUAUUACCGGGGGAACAAGUUGUAUCGGUCUUUGGGGUCCUCGCAGCCGGGAUGUCAUGAGUGCCGUCAGCGCAGACGAUCUUUCCAAUAAAGGACUGCCUUAUUUCGGUGUGAAGAGAGCAACCGUCGCGGGUAUCCCGGUCAUAAUAAUGCGCAAGUCCUAUGUAGGAGAACCAGGUUGGGAGAUUCAUGCUAGUACCGAGUAUGGUGCACGGCUAUGGGACGCUCUUUGGCAGGCAGGCAAGCCUCACGGGCUCAUUGCAGCUGGCCGGAGCGCCUUUAAUGCGCUACGGCUAGAGAAAGGCUAUCGAACUUGGGGAACCGACAUGACUACCGAACAUGACCCAUAUGAGGCUGGUCUUGGCUUCGCAGUCAAUGCAGAUAAGAAGGAAUAUUAUGUCGGAAAGGACGCACUCGGUCGGCGCUCCAAACAGACUCCUGCCCGACGACUGCGUUGCCUAACUAUUGAUGACGGCCGGUCCGUUGUUCUCGGAAAGGAGCCCGUAUACUACAAUGGCAUGUCUGUGGGAUAUAUAACCAGCGCUGCAUUCGGAUAUACGGUACGCAAGCCUAUCGCCUAUGCCUGGCUACCUAGCUGGGUGAGUGAACGCUAUGCCGUUCAGAUUGAAUACUUCGGCCGUCGGAUUCCGGCUACUGUCGCAGCUGAGCCAUUGUUUGACCCCGAAAUGAUCCGUUUAUACGAUGAGAAUACACCCGUCGUAUCCAAGGACCAGAAACCCCCGAGGUGCCUUCUAUAGAGCACAAAUGACGACCACAUGUGGGGACUGUCAACUUGUUGUAACUUCAAACAGCAAUACAUCGUCAUGCAGAUGACGGGAAGGGCACGAAAUUAGUAUAAAGUCUCGGACUAGUAGCUAAGCAUUCCAUCAUCCUCCGGGAGUCACCAAGACAAAACGCGAGAAAGCAAAAAUAGGAUUAAGGGGGGGAGAGAGAUACAAAUUAUGAGCAUCGGUGAUGAAGCUUCAUAGCUCUGAUAAAUGAUCGGUGUAUGCUUAUUGGCGUAGGUAAUACAAAGUAAUCUAAUUAACACUCUGUGGCAUUUUAGUCAUAAUUUUCGCUCUCAUUCCCA